AUGGCGAAAUUGCGCCGCAGUCCGAACAGCAGGCAGAAUGAAACUACUGGAACACGAGAUCCUGAACAGCCUUUACUUUCCGAACAAAACGAACGAAGCACAGGUGAGGAUGUCAAUACCGCGACGACGGGAUCUAUGCUACAGGUCGUGGACCUCGUCCGCGACGCUACCGAGCACUCCAUGGACAAAGCUCUUCGUGCCUGGGUGGCCGUCUACCUCGAGCAGCCCGUAGCUUCGAAACCAGCUUUCGCAUCAGAUUUCCUCGCCUCGUAUCCUACUGAUCACAAAGCUCUCACCAAGGCUAUCGAAUACGGCCCUCGAUGCGGGACACUUGUCCGCUGGUUCGGUAGGAGCAGUUGGAAGAUGCAGGCGCUGGAGGUGUUCGCUAUCUUUGGGACGCGGUACGAGAAGCGUCUCAAGCAAGCCAAGAUGAUUGCUGGCAUGUGCGAGAGAGAGAGGGGAGUACAGUUGGUACUGGAGAUGGAGAAGAAGAGCGUCGGGAGCUACAAGGCGGUGGUCUCGAUACUUGAGAAGGAGGGUUGCCACAGAGCAGAACAGAGGGAAAAGAGGAAUGGCGUGCGGAAGGGUCAGAAAAGGGAGUCGGCUACAGAACGGAGGGUGGAAGAGCAGAGCGAGCAAGACAUUGGAAAGCGGAGUGAUGUAGACGUUAGCGGGCACAGUGAUGGAGACGACAGCGAUGAAGACGAUGGAGGACAUAUUGAUGGAGACGACGGAGUGCACGUUGAUGGAGCCGUGGGAGGGCACAGCGAUGAAGACGUUCAAGAGCAGGACGAGGACAGCCCCGAGCGUGGGCGUGGACGUCCAGAAGACUUGGACGAUCUAAGUAGCGUUGGAGGCGACGGAGGUGACGGAGGUUUGGAAACUUCAGAUGAUGGGAUUGAUGGGAACGACUACUACGGCGAAUAUGCGCAGGGUUUCGGUUUCGUCGGUGGCAGUAGUGAAACGCAAAGCGCGAUUUUCAAGCUGUCACCUUUGGUCUUCCCGCCGGCCGACGAGAAAGCUCAUCAUCAUGACCAACAACACCUUGCGCAACACCACUCGCGAGCUUCAAGUCUGCCUCAUCUACCUCGACCAUCUCUUUCGUCUCUCCCAUCGUUGCCUCCAUCAAGGCUGCACGUCACAUCAAGGCUGCACGUCACAUACAUUCACGCGCAGACACAAACAACACCAGACUCGUCUCCCACCACGACCUCGCCUCACAUUACCACCGGCCCUACUAUCACCAGGACGAUGUCUCCCACCUCCACCAUCUCCGGCCCGCCCGCUCGGCCAGGCCUCCCUUUGGCAGCCCCAGCAGCUAAGCGUCAGCGCACCGGCGCUUCACCUAAAGACGAUGAAGUCCUUGUCGCUCUUGCUGGACUCCUCCAAAGCACCGGAAUGGAAGAGGCGUAUGCCAAGAUCGCAGAGCUGGACGGUGGUGGCACACAACAUCUGGCCCGGAAUUGGGCCUUGAAAGGCGUCAUCGAAAAAAUACAAGCUGGUGAAUCGCCUUCCACACCAUCGUGUACACACACGCCCGACGGCUUGAUACGGCAGCUGGAGACCGAGAUUGCACGCGAUAGCGAGGUUGACGGGAAAGACCGGGAGGCAAGCGUUCCACAAAUAGCCAACGGUGCGGUGCGCAGAAUGAAAUGUCGAGUCGCCAAGCUCGAGGCGGCGCACCAAGCGCUUCAAGUCGUCCACAAAGUACAGUUCGAGAUCCAGCAAAUCCUGAAACCAGAUGUUAUUUCAAUGGACCGCGAGGAGACGAGAUUGGAGCAGCAUUGUCGGAACUUAAGGCAAGGACUAACAGAUCACGUCGGACAAGAAGACGGCGAGGUCGCUGCGACGGUCGCUGCGACGCUUAGAGGCGCGCUGAAAGAGGGAGAAGACAAACUCGCGGCGACUCGUCAAACACGGGAGAGAAAUCGUCAGCUGUGGGAAUUCGUUCGCGGUCAGCGUGAUGAGUACGAAGACGCUGCUCGCCGCUGCGAAGCAACACUAAGCGUGGAGACGAAGCUACUGAGAAAAUUCGAAGCAGUGCACGAAGAGUGA